AUGAGUGACAAGGACCACCCCGAGGAGCACGUCGCUCCCUCCUCGCCUACAGCGGUGGACACUCCCUCCAAGGGACGUGGCCGCGGAAAAGGCAAAGGAAGAGGCAAGAGGAAAUCCCUCGCCAAGGCAAAGACCUUUGCUGGCGUCAAGAAGCCAGUCCCCACGGGCCGUCGCGGCCGUAUCAAGCAAUACAACGACCCUCGCGUUCAGGCAGCCUACGAGCGCCAGCGAGAAGUCAAAUCUGCCUACCUAUCCAUCAUUUCUCACAUGAAACCCGCUCUGGAAGAACUCGCCUCUCGCAAUAUCGAGAAGCUCAAGAAGGACCCCGAGGUCCACAAGACCGUCCCCGAGUUUGACAUCAUCACGGAACAGCUUGAUACCAGGCUGACCAAGGUCCUCAACGAGGCUCAAGCCGACUAUGAUAAGGAGAUGGCCCUCCUCAAUCUCUCUUUUGAGAAGGAUCGCGAGUUUAUCGGCCUACAACAUGAAAAUGGCAUUGAGGAUGCCAUUGAUCGAUUUUAUGAUGCCCAGCUGGAGCGUCUCCGCCUCCUUGAAGAGAUGUUCGAUCACCAAGUACCCCCGGAUGUCCGUGAUAAUUCAUUCAACUACAAGAAGAUCAGUGAUCAAGAAUAUGAAGAGCGUGGUACAUACGUCGCCUACGACGAGGAGGGUGAAUUUGUUGUCCCUUACCCUUCCCGGGUCCCAGGAACCGCCAUGUACGAAAAGGCCCAAAGGAUAAAUGCGCUCUACGCUCCUAAGCCAGCUCAAGAGACUGCUGCGAAGGCGAAACGUGAGCGUGACCUGAGGGCUUCCGCUAUUCGAGGUCGUUUGAGUGGCAUAAAGCGAAGGGCCACGGGUCUGCCGGAUAAUCAGCCCUCAGCGAAGCGCCCCACCACUCGAAGCGCCGCGCGGGCUGAGACCAAUGACGACGAAGACGUCGAAACUCCCGAUAUCACCACUCUCUCCGAAGAGCCCGUCAACGCACCUGCCAGGCAUAUUAUGGGCCUCCUGCCAGCUGCUUUAGAUAACGACGGUGCUACCGAAUCCGCUGCCGCCACGCCCCGCGUAUCCCCCGACCUUGACGAGGAGGACAAGGCCGACGACUCCAGUGCCAUUGCCCUUGACCCACGCCAACGAUCCCCGGAUCCUCCCAAGGGCCUCAGCGAAUUUGACCAGUAUGGGACGGCCUUAGUUCACCGAGGGCCUAAGGCGAACAACCGCUUUGCCGUUAAACCUCCUUUCCAGUUCGACGACAUUGACAUCGGCUUCAGAGACUCUACCAACGACUCCACAAAAAUCAAGAAUGCCGCUGCCAGAGGAAAAUACCUCGAUAAACCCAACACAAAUGCCUUUUACUAUGACCCGCUUCUUUGGAACUACGAUGCCCGAUGCCAGACCGAGGAGGACAUGGACGAAGACCUGGUCGCCAAGCAUCGUGUCCACCCCAGGUAUGGCUUUUUCGUCCAAGGCAGUCUCAACGAGGAGGAGGAGCCGGCGCCUAGGAACGAGCGACCCAUGUCAGUCGUCUUUAUCACACCGUCCGGGAAGACCCUUACUUCCUCUCGAUCGCAGAUUACUGUUGCUACAGCCAGGUCCGCUGCCGAUUACGAGAUCGGCAAGUCCUUGAGGUCAGCCAUGAGUGAGUUCAUCAAGCAGAACCCGGAACAUGAGAUCCCCGAACCAAGCGUAGUAGCCGAGAAAGACAUCCCGGAGAAAUACAGCGGACCCUCCCUUGGCUUGAUCCAACUCGAAGAGGGCGAUGAAACACGAUCAUCCGCCGCCGAGGAGACUGACCGAGAGGUAACACCUGAGCCCGCCACGACCGAAGUCGAGGGCGGAGCCGAACGCCCAAACAUGCUGUCUUCCCUGGUCAGUGCAGCCAUACUGGCCUCCGCAGAGGACGCUGCAGCCCGCUCGGCGCGUGCGAAAUCGGCUUCAAGGCCGUACGAUGCCAUCAGGGAUGUCUUCGGAACAUCAGCACCAUCCCAGCCGCAGCCUGAGCAGCAGCCUUUUAGUCUCAGUCUUCUUGCAGAGGCGUGCCAUUGGGAACCUAGGCCCGCGGGUGUCGAAACCGGCCCUCAGCCACCUAAGUUGCAAACGGUGCCAGAGCCUCCCGUUCUACCGCCGCCCAGGCAAAUGGAGCCUGUAGAGUCAUCCCUGCCUCAACCCUCUUUCGAAGAGCCGGCCUAUCCUCCUCCCGGCCGAGCAACAAGAUCGAGCCAUCAACCUCUCUAUGAUACCGCGAGAUACGAUGGGGCUCGGCAUGACCAACAACACCUUCAAACUGGUCCAAUGGGCCACGCGGAUCUCGAUGCGAACAAACAUCCAAUGGCUGUGCAUCACGGCCAAGAAGAAGAGUCUCUUAUCGAUCCACGACUUCGAGCACACCUUACUCAACCCCCUGCCAACCCCCAAAGCAUUUACGAACAACCACCCAUUCCUUCACACCAAUCGCCUCUUCCAUAUGGUGCGCCUCCGCCUAUGAUGAGCAUGCACAAUACAGUGAUGGCUUCGGUGCCCCCGAGCCAGCCCCAACCUCCUCCCAUGGCAGGCCCUAUUCCUGGCCCCCAUCCUACGCCUACCGAGCAUCACUACGGCGGCGUUCCUCCUCCUCGCCAAGGACAACAGCAUCAACCGCCAUAUGCUGCCCCAUCUCCGCAGCCCCUUCGACCUUCAGUCACCACCCGACUACCUCCGCUGCGCCCCCCCCGUCAAGUGGGACAUCCCCCUCCCUUCUAUGCCAACCCACCGCCCAUGUCUCACCCCGGCAUGGUAUCUACCAACACUGGAUCUUUUUACCCCCCAGGUCCUGCUCGCCCAUUCCAUACCAGCUUCCCUCCCCAAGAGCAGCAGCACAACGCGAUGGGUAUGCCUGGCGACACCCUCUCCAUGCAGCCGUACUACGGCCCACCUGCUACCAGCCCACCGAGCUAUGCACCGGCCCAGCCGGCAUAUCAACCCCUUGCCCAAGCUCCCCCGCCUCCUCGAGGAAAUUCUCCUCCCGCUUCAAGCCCCAGAUCUCGUCCUUCGUUCCAAGGUCCUCCUCCUCCCCCUGGACAGUCGCAACAGCCACAGCAGCAGCAAAAUAGCAAGUAUCGAAAGCUCGAACCAGCUCCCAUCCCCCCUCACAGGAUGGGCUGGAACUCUGAACCCCAACUCCGAACAGUCGGCUACAACCCAACCGAGGAUAUCAAAGACUAUUCAGCUGUAGAGCCUCUGCCCGGCCGCGGCCCAACCUUUAUCAGGGGCUGGAAUGUUAACAACAGCGCCAAGAAGCAGCGCGUCAGAUCGGGAAGGGACGACAAGGACGCAUCAGGAUAG